CACAAAAUGAUAAACAUUACUGAAACAAAUCAAAAUUUAGCAUUUCUGGUCUCUCUCUCUCCUCUCCUCUCCCUCACUCUCUAUCUCCUCUUCUCCAAGACGCAGCGUUCUAAAACCCUAACUGCACAUGGUGACAUUGUGAUGCAACUUGUUUGUGAGCUCAAGCUUAAGGGAGCUCAAGAAGUAACUCCAUUUAGAGAGAAUGUAUGGGAGAGCAUCAGGUCUUGAUAGGUUUAAGAAAGCGCAAACUUUGGAACCUUUCUCUGUCGCUGUCAAUUCGUCUUCGAGAAAUGUUGCCCAACCCUCUAGCAAAAAAGUAGAAGGGCAUUCCUCUGCUUGGCCGCCCGCUCAGUCGCAAACUUCUGUUCACCAAUCACAACAUGAGCAGCAACAGCAUGCUUCUCAGAAAGCCGUGGGGGUGGAGGCGGCUCCGUUGUUGGGGCAGAGUCAGCAUGUGACUCAGGUAGGAGGAGGGCAAUCGACGUGGCAGCCGCCGGAUUGGGCGAUUGAGCCGCGGCCGGGUGUUUUUUACCUCGAGGUUUUGAAGGAUGGACAGGUGCUUGAUCGGAUUAAUCUGGACAGACGGAAGACUAUCUUUGGGAGGCAAGUCCAGACUUGUGAUUUUGUGCUUGAUCAUCAAUCUGUCUCUCGCCAGCAUGCUGCAGUCGUUCCUCACAAAAAUGGGAGCAUAUAUGUAAUUGAUUUGGGAUCUGCUCAUGGUACAUUUGUUGCAAAUGAGCGAUUGACUAAGGAUUCACCAGUUGAGUUUGAAGUGGGGCAAUCGUUGCGGUUUGCUGCAUCAACAAGAGUAUAUGUAUUAAGAAAGAAUGAUGCAGCUCUUUUCCCUCGGCCUCCAGCACUCACGGAGAUUAAUUUCCCACCACCUCCUGACCCGUCUGAUGAAGAAGCUGUUGUUGCAUAUAAUACGCUUCUGAACCGUUAUGGCAUCAACAAGUCUGAUCUAGUGUCCAAAUCUAAUGAGUCUGGUAGUUCAGCAAGUGUCAAAAAUAAGGAUUACCAAUCAGAAAGACCGGCUAAAAGAAGGAAGACUGUUGCCUUCAGGGAUCAAGUCGGGGGAGAGUUAAUCCAGGUUGUUGGAAUUUCAGAUGGCGCAGAUGUAGAAACAGAACCUGGUCCAGUUGGUGUUAAAGAAGGAAGUCUUGUCGGUAAAUAUGAAUCUCUUGUACAGAUUACUGUAAUACCAAAGGGGAAAGAGCAGUCCUCUGUUAAGGAGGAGGCAGAUUCAUCCCAAAAAGGUGUGACUGAUAAACUACAAGAAGUCAUGAAAAAGAUCAAAACCCCUGUUAAAACUGGGAUUUAUGAUGACCUUUAUGGAGAAUCAUUUUCUGUCAAAGUUGGAUCUUCCUGGGCAUAUUCAACUUCCAGUACCGGUGAACGAGCUUCUUCAGAUAAGGAGGAUGAAAAAGGGAAUACGUUAAGUGGGAAAUCAGACAGUAAGCCAAGCAAUGCUGAUGGAGAUGAAGAGGAUGAUGAUGAUUUGUUUGGGUGACUAUUGGAUCCAUGCAGCGUGGAUUAUGGAAUAGAUUUGUGGUAUUUCUGUAUGAUUUUGACAUCGUAGGGAUUCGAAAACAUGCAAAAGAUUAUGUUGCAUGCUUUUUGUAUCUUCUGGACUUAUUGUUCCAUACAAUCCAUCAUUAGUGUUAUCCACUGCAUGCUCCACUAACUUCAAAA